AUGAAAUCCACCAGCCCCACUGCCGCCGUCGGCACCGCCUUAGUCAAAACCCCCUACAUCGUCAAAUUCGCCGCCGUCGCUCUCCUCUCCCUCUCCGUCGCCCUCCUCUUCUACCACCACCCUUCCUUCCCCUCCGCCGCCUUCUCCGCCUUCACCUCCCUCUCCUCCCCCACCGCCAACAACUCAACUUCCACCGCGCUCAACUCCACCGCCGCCGCCGCAGUGAACUCCUCCUCGACCAUACUCAAAGUGAAGAAACUUCCCCCGCCGCCUCCGUCGGUGGCGCGGAGGACGGGGAUAGUGGACGAGAACGGGGCCAUGACGGAAGAUUUUGAGGUCGGCGAGUUCGAUCCCAGCUUGAUGGAGGAGCUCAGGAAUCUCAGGGGAGGAGGAGAAGAAACGGAGAAGAAGGAGAACGAGCCCAAAAUUGUCAAGUACGACAAGUUCAAAGCGUGCGACGGAAGCAAAAUCGAUUACAUUCCAUGUUUGGGCAGCUUCGAAAGGCAUUGCCCCGAUUCAGCUCUUGAUUGCAUCGUCCCUAUGCCAAAUGGCUACCAGAAAUCGCUCCCCUGGCCCAGGAGCCGGGACGAGGUGUGGCUUCAUAAUGUGCCUGAUACACGCCUGGUUCAAGAUCAAGGCGACCAGUAUUCGAUGUUGGUGAAAGAUGAUAAGAUCAGUUUUCAGGAUGGUGGAGGUGAUCAAUCUGUGAACUUGAUCUCACAGAUGGUUCCUGACAUCGAUUUCGGCCAUCAAACACGCGUUGCAUUAGACAUUAGUCCAGGGAUUGGAAGCUUUGCAGCAUCUUUGUUCAAGCACAACGUGACAACACUGUCGAUUGGGACGAAAGGUGUUCACAAGAAUCAGAUUCAGUUUGCAUUGGAGCGAGGAUUUCCUGCCAUGGUAGUGGGGUUUGGUGCUCGUAGGUUGCCCUAUGCGAGCCAAGCUUUCGACUUGAUACGUAGCUCAGGAUCUGGAAUCGACUGGACUGUUGACAAUGGAGUUUUGCUUCUGGAGGUGAACAGGUUGCUGAGGGCAGGGCGUUACUUCGUGUGGGGAGGGCCACAAGUUGAUAGUAACCAUGAACUAAGUUUAGAUGACCAAUGGAAUGAAAUGGAGGGCCUUGUUGCGAGAAUCUGUUGGCAACUUGUGAAGAAGGAAGGCAAUAUGGCGAUAUGGCGCAAGCCAUUGAACAGCAGCUGCUAUCUUGGCCGAGAGAUUGGAGCACAACCACCAAUGUGUAAUUCUGAUGAGGAUCCAGACAAUGUCUGGUAUGUAAAUAUGACAGCAUGCAUAACUCCGUUGCCUGAGGUCAGGAAUGGAGGAAACGUUUCUCUGUGGCCAGCACGACUUCACUUUCCUCCGGAUAGGCUCCAGAGUAUUAAAAUGGAUGCAAUGAUAUCGAGGAAGGAGCUGAUGAAAGCAGAAUCGAGAUACUGGAACGAAAUAAUAGACAGUUACGUUAGAGCUUUCCAUUGGAAAGAGCAGAACUUCCGGAAUGUGCUAGACAUGAGGGCUGGAUUCGGAGGCUUUGCAGCAGCCGUGAAUGACUUGGAACUAACUUCCUGGGUUAUGAAUGUUGUUCCCGUUAAUGGCUUCAACACAUUGCCCGUUAUAUAUGACCGUGGACUCCUUGGUGUAAUGCACGACUGGUGUGAGCCAUUUGACACUUACCCCAGAUCGUAUGACCUCAUCCAUGCAGCAGGUCUAUUCUCCGACGAGCGGAAAAGGGGAAAGUGCAACUUCUCGACGAUCUUGCUGGAGAUGGAUAGGAUGCUACGACACGGUGGAACUGUGUACAUUCGCGACUCCUUAGCAGUUAUAGGUGAAAUCCACGAAGUAGCAUCCGCGAUGGGAUGGGUGGUUAUGGUUCACGACACGGGCGAAGGGCCUCACGCCAGCUGGAGGUUCUUGGUGUGCGAGAAACAUAAAGAGUAUAUCAAAAGACCUCGAAAGGGAAGAGGGCAUGGGAAGAACAAGAAAGGCCGCAAACAAAAGAAGCCUAAAACUGGCAACUCCCAACUGAGAGUAUAG